GACUUUCAGAGCAGAGCAUUGCGUGAUUCACCAGGAAGGAAAACGGUUGUCACUGUUGUGGUGGUGUCCCGUGGAUUAUAUAACUGCCGCAUUAACUCCUAUGUGCAUACCGCAGAAUUAACAAAAUAACCAAAUGGGACCUAGUUGUUAAAGCCCUUCCCACUGUGCUGUGUUGACUGCAGACAACAACUUGGGAAUGAAUGAGCUUUGAAAAAAAACAAUACGUGCUGGGACGUAUAUCUGAAAGGCUCAAGGAAUAAACUUUGAGGAAGGAGGGUGUGUGCAAGGAGCCAUGGCCGGCGUGAUGAAGAUAAUAAACAACUUCAAGACCAACCACAUGCACGGAGGAAAGAGAUCCCACGCCGCCACCAUCACAGUCGCUCCUGCCAAGGACCCCACGAGGGAGGACCCCGAGGGUGCCCUCCCCACCGACCUCAUGCACCGACGCAGGGUGUCCAUCUCCAAGAGUGGACGAUACAGGGAGAAUCACAAGAAGAGGAGUGCCUUACUGGACGACGCCAGGAGCCCCGUCGACACCCCCAGCCCUGCCGAGAGUGACAAACAUGGUGUUGUCUUCAGAGACAAGACGGAGAAGAACAGGGAAAACGAAAAGAACAAAGAGAACGAGCAGAAACAGCUGAAUUCGUCCCGUCGAGAGAGCGCCAUCAGUGUCAUCGACGGACAUGCUGUUGCAGAUGAAAUCGAAUCCCUUGCUAGAACUAUAGAAAAUGGAACGAAGGCGGACUUGGCCCUAACUUAGAUAUUCAUUUGUUAUUGUGGAAGUGAAUUGUGAUAUCUAAUUAUUAGAUUUAGUAUCUGACCAGUGAUAGCCCCUCCAUAUCACGUUAUAAGAUAUGAUAUUUAUAUAACUUAAAGUGCAGUAAAAUCAUAUGCCUUAAUUCACUCAUAAGCAACCUGCAAAAGACCAAUCAACCUGUCCUCUUACAAAGAACGUUUUUAAUUCAUAAUAAUUGUGCUGGGGUGCAGGCCAGAGUGUAUUUACACACAUUAGGCUUAUAUUGUGGUCCCAUUAACCCCUUCCCCCCCAGAUCGAAUUACAGACCAUCCCAGGAUGCAGUCCAAUAACAAGCUGACUAACUUCCCUACAAACACACAACGAAACUGUCCCUAUUUUUCCACUUGUUACAACUUGUAAUAAAGUUGUUACAUCUUCUUAAAACGUUUUUAUGACGUAUUAGAACGUUACAUGUUAUAUUGGUUGUUACAUCUUGUUAGGUGUUUAAAACUUGUUCGAAUAUUGUAGCAACGUUGUAUGUUUGACAGGCUGUCACCUACUUGCUGCUACGGGGCAUUAGGUGAUCGGAAAUACACUCAAUCAUUUCCAUACCUCCCGGGACUCGAACCUGACAUUCUCGAUUGAAUUCCGGGACCUUUUGGGGAAAAAAAAUCCGGAUCAACAUCCUCCAAUUUGUUCAGUACCGUAUUUUUUAAAGUUUCGAUGAAAUCCGCCCUAGUAGUAGGGUAAAGUGCGACUAGAACCAUGCGCACCACCUGAGCAGAGGGGGCCUAAUUGGCUCACCUGCUCAGGUAGUGCAAGCGGUUCUAGUCGCACUUUACCCUACUACCUCUGCUCAGGUGGUGCGCAUGGUUCUAGUCGCACUUUACCCUACUUCUCUGGAUUACAGUGUUGUCAGCCCCGUGGCCCUGAGCCGUUCAUGUUAUGGGAGUUGACUUAGUUCUGGAAUAAUUUUUGUUGCCCUGUGUUGAACUUUCUUCAACUCCAGUAAUAGGUGAUGGUGAGCAUUGUAUGUUCAUGUAGACUGUCCAGAGUUGUUGUUGUUUUAGAUUUAGCUACUUAGAACGAAGUGUCCAGGUACCACGGGCUAUGGUGAGCCCGUAAUCUGUCCAGAGGAACCUUAUUCCAAUAUAUAUCUUGAGUGAGCAUGAACGUCAUUAUCAUUAAGUUUAGGGACACAGCGCCCCUGUAUUUUAAUUCCGAUCACGACAGAGCCAGUCUAAUUAUUGUAACCAGUUGUGUGUGUAUCCACCAGCUGUAGAGCAUCUCGUUAUCAGAGUCCUCGCUUCAUUUGUUAUCACAUGCGAUAAAGAGCUGUUAACCGGACAGGUGUGUGUGUCUACCCGAGGUAACAGUAACACCUUCACACGUUUGGUCUCUUUACACAACUAUAUUGCGCAUCUUAUCGUUUGUUAAACACGAUAAAACCUCUACAAAUAUAUAGUAACUAUAUUCGUCCGAUAUUAAUUUUAAAAACUCCGAUAACAUUGGAUAACAGAAUGCUUUAAUAAAAUAACAUUUUUAAGGCGUUCACAUAUAAAAUUCUCUCUUUACAGAUGUUAAAAUUAAUGGGUUUUGUUUUACACAGUGUUCCUCCCGAGCUACGAGAGAGCACCCGUGUGUGUGUGUGUGUGUGUGGGGAGGGGGGGGGGGAUAUUCCUGAGACCCUGCCCUGGCACUUGAAUACUGUGUUAAUACAUUGAUGAAUAGCCACCUAGGAGGUGGCACGGGCAUGAAUAGCCCGUAAAUUGUUAAUAAUGUUACCCGUUAUAUACAUGUACCACCCGCACUCUCCUCCCACCCACCUCUCACUCCACUCCCACCUCCCUCACUUGACCCACCAUUCCAUCCAUCCUCACUCACCCCUUCAAGUUCAAGUAUGUUUAUUGAGACAAGAAAAAAAUUAAUCUCAAAGGGAUAGUGUAGCUUAGGCUAUUUCUACCCCGUUCUACUUCAAGUCCCUGAAGGGGAACACAAAUUCAGCGAGUACAAAUACACAAAUCACAGUACAAGAAUCCCAUUUAACAUUGCAGGUUAAUAUAGUAAGCACAGCAUAUAAGUGUUAGACUCUUGGGGUCCACCUUUCUUCCCUCAACCCACCCUUAAAUACCACCAACAUGUUUUGACUUGUACAACCAGGCAACCAACUUACAUGAAUCUUUCACAUGGCGUAAUUAACGUUUUUUUUUCCUCAAAUUUAUAUAUAUUGUGGGUUCAUGCAUAGUUUAGUCUGUGUAAGGUUAAGUAAGGUGAGUGUUGGUUACGGCCAGUUAGGAGAGGUUGUCAGUACAACCUAAAGUGAAGGAAGCAUGUUUCGAGUCAUAGCUUUGAACAUUGUCACGUGGCCUAUAGGUCGAAAUACUGUACUUGACUUAUGCAUUGUCAACCGAACGCCCCUGUUUGUAUGAUGGGCUGGUACAUGCAGUGCGUGGGUGAAGCAUUCAGAAAGAUGCUAUUUGAACACAGGAGGAUAGUAUAGCACAAAGACAAAUGAAAGGAAGGCGGGCGUAUCCACAGCCGAGCAAAAACAUUAAGUAUUGAUCAGCAGUUCCGAAACAAUGAAACUCACUUUGUCUCGAUUAACCGUUUCGAAACCAUCAUGAUCCAGUUCAGUCUCCCAUUUUGUUCACUUUCUCAGACCAAAGAUCAAUUUUCUGGGGUUAUGCAGCCCGUCCUCAUAAACAAAGGCCAAACGUGAAUCCAUGCACCCGCCAAACCCCGUUUAUGAACGAAAAAAGGUUUACACGAUUCAACCAAUGACGUUCGAACAUUUCUCGAACAGUGCUUCGUUGACUUUUGUUCGAAUCGCAACUCUGUAAAUGCUUCACCCACGUACCAUAAAUACAAAUUAUCGCCAACAGAUCCUAAACACCUGAUCUAUGCAUAACUAUACAAAAAAUGUAAACAUAUAAUAAUAUUAAUUUAAAGGUGAAAACUAUUUUGAAUGCACAAUUCGGUAAAAUUGAUUAAUAUACGUCCUCGGGGUCGUUUGUCACUUUAACAAGCCUAGUAUGAGGACAGGUUGUGUGAGGAGCCUGUAGUUGGCUUCAGUCACUGCUUGCACUUUAACAAUGAAAGAAUUUUCUUGACGGCUUAUAAAACUUAUAGAUUCGCUAUAUAAGUUUUGGAAGACGCAUCUCAAGUCUUGAUAUAUAUUAAUAUAAGCUUGACUAUGUACGUGUGAAUUUAAAUAAUAGAUUGUUUUGAA